AUGGACAAUCCCCAGUCUAGCACUGGCCCAACGAAACCUAAGCGUGGCCGACCUCGUAUAUAUCCCACACCUGAGGAAAAGACCAAUACGGAUACAGCGCGGAAACAAGCGAAGCGGCAGGGGGCGGCCUCUAUACGACGCGAUACAGUAUAUGCCAGCUUCCUCAACCCGUUUCUCUCUGCCUUGCCUCCACUUCCUAUUCAGUUAAGCAGAGGGAAUCACCAAGAGUCAGGGGCAGGCGCUGCGUGGGCGAAUGUGUUAACUGAUAUUCAUUCUCUGGGCAAUCCCACUGGCGUACCAGGACUUGACUAUAUGGAUAUCUCGGAAUUCCUUCCCCCAGCUAGUCCUCUGCUACUAGAAGAGAUAGAAGAGCAAGCUAUAUUAGAUAUUGGUAUUACUGUAAAUGCAAUAGAUUUUGCAGACGUAGCGGAUUCGGUAUCUAUUCCAAAUAAUAAGAGUCUUAAUCUGAAUAUUCCCUUUAAGGAGACGUCGGAAACCUCGCUCUAG